GGUCCAGCCUCGGGUUCAGGAGCUUCUUACGCGGCACAUCCACACGAGUCAGGACCCCACCACCCCGGUCCAUCUCGAAGGCGUACAACAUAGGUACGUUUGAGCCAUCGAUCCUGUCUUCCGUGGGUUGUGGCUCGAUGUUGACAAAACUCCCAUAUGCCACUGGGUCAUCAACCGCAAUUCGAUGCCCCGGAGCCGUCCCUUCUGACGGUAUGAGCAACCGCUCGCUCACUCGACCGGAAUACCAGGCGGCGAGCUCAAAGUGCCGAUUUUCCAGCAUGGAACUCGGCAGGACGACACCACGCUGAACCGUUUACCUGUCCAGCACGGGGCGUCGGGCCUUAUCCUGUCGUCACCAGGGUAGGGCUGACAGAAUUCCAGCAGGCUUCUUACGCCAUCGGCCAUGAGGUCUCCGACCUGCCUCCCACAAGAUUUCCCAUGCUGGGGCUCAUCGGAACACAAGUCCCACUGAUCACUCCCUGGCCGCACCGUUUCCUCCGACAUCUCAUAACACAGAUCCCCCAUUGAGCCUAUGGGGCUCGGCGAG